AUGGACUCUCUGGAGGAGGAGGACGUCGAUGUGCUGGUUUGCAGCCAUGGGGUUUUCGUGCCGAAGGAGCUCGAGGCGCAGGAUCUGGAGGAGGUCAAGUUUAUGAUGGAUGUCAAUGUGAUGGGGACGUUUCAUUUGAUUAAGCCGGUGUUGCCGCCGAUGAAGAGGAGGGCGAAGGAGACUGGGGUUCCGGCAUCGAUCGCCAUCGUGUCGUCGCAAGCUGGGCAGGUAGGUCUCUAUGGAUAUACAGCUUAUUCGGCAAGCAAAUUUGCGCUUCGGGGCUUAGGGGAGGCUUUGCAGCAUGAGGUCUUUGCUGACAACAUUCAUGUGACUCUCAUAUUUCCUCCAGAUACAGAAACCCCGGGCUUUGCUGAAGAACACAGACUAAGACCGGAGACCACCAACCUGAUAGCAGGAUCUGGAGGUGUCGUAAUGAAAGCUGACGAAGUUGCCAAACUGUCCUUAAAUGGUAUCAAAACCGGAGCAUUUAUUGUGCCCUGCGGGUUUGAGGGAACCAUGAUCGCCAUCGCAACAGCAGGUUUGUCGCCACAACCAUCAAGCUUAUGGGCGUUUGUUGAAGUUUUGGGUGCUGGUUUCAUGCGCUUCUUGGGAUUAUGCGUCCAGUGGAAUUGGUAUGGCGUAAUAGAGAAGUGCCAUGCCAAGAGAAAGAAUGAAGAACUAAGCCUCGCCCAUGGAGGAGCGGAGAAAAGCUGAUGAUGACAACAGGAGUAAUGGAAAUCUGCGCAUCCACUGAAAAUUUCUGCAACUUCUGAAUGAAGCAGUCUCCAUAUGAAAAGGGUUUUCUUCUCCUUAAAUUCUCUCUUUUUGUUGAAUUGUACUUUUAUUCAUAUUCUUAUGAUUUCAGAGUGAAUAAUAAUCAUUUGUUCCGCAUGGCAUAUGACCAUGCAAAGAUGGGCAAAGAUGUAUAGUGAAAAUUACAAAAUUUAGUGGGAUGAUGCAUUGUAUCUCUA